AGGGUGUACGAGGCCUCUCUGGAAGUUGUCCCGGGUGUUCGCUGUUGGAGCCCGGGUCGAGAGGACGAGGUGCAGCUGCCGGGAGGAUCCUCCGCUGCCGCCGGCUCUCGGAGCCCAGCCCUUUCCCAACCCAGCCCAGCCCAGCCCAGUCCCAGCCGCCGACGCCUGUCCCUGCCGCGGACCCCAGCAUUACCAUGAAUUCCGCUGUCUUCCUAUCCCUACCCGACCUCAGAUGCUCCCUGCUGCUCCUGGUAACUUGGGUUUUUACUCCAGUAACAACUGAAAUAACAAGUCUUGAUACAGAGAAUAUAGAUGAAAUUUUAAACAAUGCUGAUGUUGCUUUAGUAAAUUUUUAUGCUGACUGGUGUCGUUUCAGUCAGAUGUUGCAUCCAAUUUUUGAGGAAGCUUCUGAUGUAAUUAAGGAAGAAUAUCCAAAUAAAAAUCAAGUAGUGUUUGCCAGAGUUGAUUGUGAUCAGCACUCUGAUAUAGCCCAGAGAUACAGGAUAAGCAAAUACCCAACACUCAAAUUGUUCCGUAAUGGGAUGAUGAUGAAGAGAGAAUACAGAGGUCAGCGAUCAGUGAAAGCACUUGCAGAUUACAUCAGGCAACAAAAAAGUGACCCUAUUCAAGAAAUCCGGGACUUAGCAGAAAUUACUACUCUUGAUCGCAGCAAAAGAAAUAUAAUUGGAUAUUUUGAGCAAAGGGAUUCAGACAACUAUAGGGUUUUUGAACGAGUAGCAAAUAUUUUGCAUGAUGAUUGUGCCUUCCUUUCUGCAUUUGGGGACGUAUCAAAACCAGAAAGGUAUAGUGGAGACAACAUAAUCUACAAACCACCGGGGCAUUCUGCUCCAGAUAUGGUGUACUUGGGAUCUAUGACAAAUUUUGACGUAACUUACAAUUGGAUUCAAGAUAAAUGCGUUCCUCUUGUCCGAGAAAUAACAUUUGAAAAUGGAGAGGAAUUGACAGAAGAAGGACUGCCUUUUCUCAUACUCUUUCACAUGAAAGAAGAUACAGAAAGUUUAGAAAUAUUCCAGAAUGAAGUAGCCCGGCAAUUAAUAAGUGAAAAAGGUACAAUAAACUUUUUACAUGCUGAUUGUGACAAAUUUAGACAUCCUCUUUUGCACAUACAGAAAACUCCAGCAGAUUGCCCUGUAAUCGCUAUUGACAGCUUUAGGCAUAUGUAUGUGUUUGGAGACUUCAAGGAUGUAUUAAUUCCUGGAAAACUCAAGCAAUUUGUAUUUGACUUACAUUCUGGAAAACUGCACAGAGAAUUCCAUCAUGGACCUGACCCCACCGAUAUAGCCCCAGGAGAGCAAGCCCAAGAUGUAGCAAGCAGUCCACCUGAGAGCUCCUUCCAGAAAUUAGCACCCAGUGAAUAUAGGUAUACUUUAUUGAGGGAUCGAGAUGAGCUUUAAAAACUUGAAAAACAAUUUGCAAGCCUUUCAACAGCAGCAUCAACUUAUGUGGUGGAAAUAGUAAACCUAUAUUUUCAUAAUGCUAUGUGUAUUUUUAUUUUGAAUAAACUGAAAGAAGUUUUGGGUUUUUAAUUUUUUUCUCCCCCUGACUCAAAAUGCAUUGUCAUUUAAUACAGCCAGUUUAAAAAAAAAAAAUCUGCUAGGGUUAAAAAAAUAAAAAUCAGAGGCCUAGCUAUGCUUUAAAUCUGUCCUGUAAAAUUUUAUAAAUCAAGUGAAAGGUGACAUUGCCAGAAACUUACCAUCCACUUGCACUACUAGGGUAGGGAGGACUUAGGGGUGUUUCCUGUGUAGUAAGUGCUUUUCUUUCUUUUCUUAUCGUAUGAUCAAUUCUGUUGGUAUUUUCAGUCUCACAUUUCUAAAACUAAUGGGAUAUAUAUUCUGGAUACUUGGGAGGGGAAUAAAUUACAACUUUUACACUGUGUACUGUGUUUUACUGAUUGGUUGGAUAUUGCUUAUGAAAAUGCCAUAGUUGUAUUUUUUGGAUUUUUAAUGUGUAACUUAAACAUACUCUGAAGCAGAGGAGAGUCAUGAGACAGAAUAUUUGACCAGAAUUGCCCUUAUGAAUUAAGAAAAAGAAAAUGAAAGUAUUAUUAAAUGCAUGUGUUUGUCUUUAAAAGUGGCAUAUGGAUGGCAUUUAAAACUCUGAAUGAAUUAUACCUAAGUCUGGGAAAGGGAGACAGCAGUGGAACAGGUUACCAGUAUUGAACCAGAUGACUUUUAAGGCUCUUUCUAUCAAGAGACUUCAAUUUCCAAAGAGAAAAACCAGCAGAGAAAUUGUUGCGCUUCAAUAAUUUUAACCUCUUUCUGUCUUACAGAGUUUUGUUAUAGUUGCAUGGAUCAAAACAAAAUAAGGAACAUGUGUAUUUACUUUUUUUUCCCCAUUGUAAAAUUGUUAGACCCUACCCCCUCUAGAGUCCCUGAUUUCCCAGGCCUGCAGUGUACAGCAAGAUGGGUCCCUGUGCCAGGCCUCAAUACUGCCAGGGAGUAAAACCAGAGGGAAAGGACCCUCAGCGUCAUAUCAGGAAGCCCAGUGCCAGAGGACAGACAGGUUCAAAAUUGGCUUUUCCUCGGGCCUGGGUUGGUGCUAUAGGCCAAGGGUCAUUUUAUACUUGGGGCAAAAAUCAAUCCCAGUUUGGGGAAAGAUUAUUUUUAAGCUUAAAAGGCUGACAUGUGCCAUUAUAUGUAGUAUGUAAUAUAUGUAACAUCUUCCAAUUCUUUUAAAAUAAAGUUAAUAUUUAUAAUGGA